UGACGCGAUCUCUCUGCUCCUUUCUUUUUCUUCUCCACUCUCGUUUUCUCAAGACGGAGAAAAUACCAAACCCCGACUAUAGACCCCAAUUAUUCAUCAAUCACCAAUUUAACAGUCGGCAAAUCCUAUAAAUUUUGUAACAGAGAUACAUUCAAGAUUGAUUCUUGUUUCUUUUUCUUCUUGAGUGCGAAGUAAGCGAGGGAGGAAGGAAGCUAGGGUUUCUGUGAUAUUUUCUUUUCGCUUCAUGAUUAGGAUCUAUUAUACUAUUAUUUAUCGAUUCGAUCCCCGAUUCAAAGCUUCUCCAACUUUAGAUUUUAGGCUCAUCUCAUCAUUAUUUCCGUUGAUAGUAAUAUAAUUGAGAAUUGAAUCAUGGAUUUAGAUGGACAAGGAGGGGGUAAGCGCGUGUUCCACCGGCUCGGUGGACAACCGGCGCCAGCAGCGGGCACCAAGGGAAAAGUGUGCUUCCAUUGGAGGGCGGGCAAGUGCAGUAGACAUCCUUGUCCAUAUCUGCAUAGGGAAUUGCCGCCACCGAACCCGGCAGCAGCCGUCGUAAACGGGUCGGCUCCCAAGCGGUUCGCUGAUGAUUCCGGGUUUUCAGGUCGGGGUCAUAGGAGAAGCCCGGGGUUUAAUGCCAAUAAUACCUGGGGUAGAGUUGGCGGGAACAGGGCGGUGAGGAAAGCGGAGAAAGUAUGUAACUAUUGGGUGCAAGGGAAGUGUGACUAUGGCGACGAGUGUCGGUUUUUACAUUCCUGGAGUUUAGGGGACAGUUUCUCAUUGUUGACCCAGCUCGAAGGCCACAAGAAGCUUGUUAGUGGGAUUUCUUUGCCGUCUGGCUCGGAUAAGCUUUACACAGGGAGUAAAGAUGAAACAGUGAGAGUCUGGGAUUGUGCAUCCGGACAGUGUAUGCAUAUAAUCAAUCUUGGUGGUGAAGUUGGUUGCAUGAUUAGUGAAGGCCCUUGGGUAUUUGUUGGUAUGCCAAAUUUUGUCAAGGCAUGGAACAUCCAAACUUCCUCUGACCAGAGUCUCAGUGGACCUGCUGGGCAGGUUUAUGCUUUAGUUGUGGGUAAUGAUUUGCUGUUUGCUGGUACACAGGAUGGUGCUAUAUUGGCUUGGAGAUUUAGUGUUGUCACCAACUCCUUUGAACCAGCGGCAUCACUUACGGGCCACAGCCUUGCUGUUGUCUCAUUAAUUGUAGGAGCUAAUAAGCUUUACUCUGGUUCUAUGGAUCAUUCUAUAAGAGUGUGGAGCCUUGAAACUUUGCAAUGUAUACAGACACUUAUGGAGCAUACUUCAGUUGUUAUGUCCCUUCUUUGCUGGGAUCAAUUUCUAUUAUCAUGUUCCUUGGAUCAAACAAUUAAGGUAUGGGUAGCUACAGAAAGUGGAAACCUGGAAGUUACAUACACCCACAAUGAGGAACAUGGAUUGCUUGCCCUCUGUGGCAUGCAUGAUUUGGAAGCCAAGCCUGUAUUGCUGUGCGCUUGCAAUGACAAUUCUGUACGCGUCUAUGACUUGCCAUCGUUUUCAGAGAAAGGUAAAAUUUUUGCUAAACAAGAGAUACGCGCCAUCCAAGUAGGUCCAGGUGGCCUGUUUUUCACUGGCGAUGGAACUGGUCUAGUGAGAGUAUGGAAAUGGUCAGCAGAACCAACUGCUACUUCCUAAGACCAGCACUGAUGUCCGUGCUGUUAUGUUUCACCAUAUUUUGUAUUUUUUGAAGGGUAAUGCCGCCAAUUUCAGUUUGCGGGAGGAAUUAGAAGUUGAGAAUGUCAGUUUUGAGUUUCUAGCUCUAGAUAUUCAGCAGCAUCAAGCCCUUUAUUACCUUGCAGUAUGCUGUAGUAUCGUGUAGCUCUCUUCUUGGCCUCUGAAUACAUGACAUAAGACAACAACAAAUCUAAGAUAUAGUUGACCUUAUAUUAGUGAGGUUCGUUCAUUGAUCAGUACCUAUUUUCGCGGAAGUCUUGACCUUCUGCUUCUCCUUUGCUGGAAUUAACAUGAAAUGUUAAAAUUGUUUGGGAGUUUUGGAGAGUUGAGUCUGCCAGGGUUGAAGUGAAGGCCAGUAUGUGAAGGGAAGCAGUGAGGGUAGAAGUAGUGUAUAUAGAUUGGGAAGGGAGGAUUCGAUGGGCUGUGUUUCAUUAUCAUUUUCAGCAUGCUGCUUACGGAUUAAGUGAAAGAAGACGAGAAGAGAUGGUGGUACAUACUACUUUCUUGUACUGUUUUGAGUGUAGCCUUUACUAAGGAGUUUGGAUUUGGAAACGUAGAAUAAUUUGGUUGUAACCUUAAACUUGUUAUAUCUUUUAAGUCAAUAUAAUUUGAUUGUGGCUGUACCA